AGCGCGGCGUGUGUCUCUGUAGGUCCGUUCCUCUCGUGCUUGCGCCAAUUCGUGUCUUGUUUUUUUGUUUUCUUCGUUGCUCUGUGCUGUUGCUUUCAUAGCUAGAGUCAGCCUGCUUUGUGCUUCUUCGGGUCCUUGCAGCGGCGAGGAGGUGCGGAAAGCUACGCAUCCCAUACACCGGCUUAGCGAUCUCAGCUUUUUCAUAAUACUGCACGGCAGCACCAGACUUCAAGCAGCGCGGCUUCCUCGAUUUGUCCCCCCCCCUGUUGCCCUUUCUUUAGAAGGAAAUUAUAUAAUCUACUGGCUCCUUGUUGAACACCUCCGCGUUGCUGUACGCGUAUCUUCUCUAUAGAGUGGUUGUGUCUCUCUCUUCGUUAGCGCUAUUCCCCUCUCGUCUUGCGCAUUUCUUUUCCCCCCGUUUUCCCUCUCAACGAAACCCAAAGGAAGACCGAACAUGGAGAGCGCAACGGCGAUGUACUUCUCGCAGCGGCUCGCCUUCGAGCUGUCUGAGCCGGAGACGCACAGCUGCUCCGGUGUCGACCUGACGUGGGUGGACAACAAAGGACUGAUGUACGCCGCCAUCGUUUUCGCGGUGGUCUGCUGCUUUGUGUCGUUCGGCGAUCUGCGCGAACACCUCUCACGCUUCGACUACCCCCAAAUCCAAAAGCUGGAGAUGCGCAUUAUCAUGAUGAUCCCGAUCUACGCCUUCUUCUCCGCCCUCUCGCUGCUGAUGCCGCGCUGGCGCUUCUUUUUCGAGACGGUGCGGGACACCUACGAGAGCUUCGUGCUCUACAUCUUCUUUAUGCUGAUGGUGUCGUACUGCGGCGGGGAGGGGGAGCUGCUGCGGUCGCUGAAGAAGAAGCGCUACAAGGGCAUGCACCCCUUCCCCAUGUGCUACAUCCCGUCCUUCCCCCUCGACACGAGCUUCUACCUCCGCUGCAAACGGUGGGUGCUGCAGUGUGCGCUGGUUAAGCCCGUCGUGUCGUUUAUUGCGAUGGUGUGCCACCCCAUCGGCAUCUACCAGGAGGGCAGCUUCACGGUGAACAACGUGUACACCUACACCUGCAUCAUCGUAAACAUCAGCCUCACCAUGGCCCUCUACUACCUUGUGCUCUUCGAGAUCGAGUGCGAGAAGGAGCUGCACUACGCCAAGACUUUCCUCAAGUUCUUGUGCGUCAAGUCCAUCAUUUUCUUCAGCUACUGGCAGUCCGUCGUGGUCAGCCUGGCCGCGUUGGCCAAGAUCGUGUGCCUCGGCAGCACCGAAGAGGCCAAAGAGGCGAACAGCGCCAUCAUUCAGGACCUGCUGAUGUGCUUUGAGCUGCUGCCCGUCGCUUUUCUCCACCGGGCCGCGUUCGGCCGGUCGAAGCUGGACGAGGAGAUGGCGGCGGUGCCGGUGUACAUGAAGGACAACAACACCGGCGAUCUGCGCUCCAACGUGGACACGGCGCUCGACGUCAACGACAUCAUCGAUGACACCUUUGGCACGAUCUUCUUCCGCAAGGGCAAGCUGGUGGAUCAGGAAAACGACAGCGACAACGAGGAGGACUACGGGCAGGCUGCGGGCAAUGCCGACGACGGCGGCGGCGGUGGCGGUGCUGCGGCCUCUGCCGGUGCGAGCAGCGGCACCAACGCGUACAACUUCGUCACGAACGCCGACAGCCUCGCGCGGGACCCGACGUUGGAGGAGUUGGUGCGGCACGCCAUCGCGACGGACUACGGCGUGCGGGCCGACGGCAUCUUGCACUACGACGCCGACAGCGACCGGGAGGAGCGCAAUCAGGACAUGAACUUCGCCGACACCGAUGUCAUUCUGCGCCGCUCCAAGUACGAGACGGCGGCGCAAGAUGUCAAGGUCGACACGGAUCUCCUGCGCUCGCACCAGGUGGCGCAGGGUGGCGCGACGCCGCAAAUUUAUUGCGUCGUGUGCGGCCGCUUUGAUCGGGAGAUGGUCCGCCGCCGCAACGGCUACAAGUGCAAGGAAUGCGUCGGCACGAAGAGCAAGUCGCUGCUGCGGGUGCGGCAGCGGGAGGCGAAUGAGGGGGAGGAGAUGAUGAUGUCGCCGCUGUCGUCGCAGAGUCGGCGUGGCGGGCGCCUGGGGCACAACACGAGCGCGGUGAUUGUCGCGGAGAACGUCAGCGAUGACGCUGGACAGGGCGGCAGCGCGUAUCCAACUGCGCGCGGUGCUCCGCCGGAUCGAUUUGCCUCGGCGGGUCCAUCGUCGAUGAUGGCUGAUCAACGCCAGCAGCAGCAGCAGCAGCAGCCGUUGCCGCAACCACAGGACGACGACGACGAGCUUUACGUGCAGCCGAUGCCGGCCGAGGCGAACGCGGACUUGGUGGGCGUAGCGCGUUUGUCGCUUGAGUCCGGCGCCGCGGCUCGCCUCACCGCCCCGGCGACGGCCAUUGCAGAGGGCUUUGCGAACUUGCAGCAGGUGCUGCGUCAGACGUUUAAGGGCGACGACAGCGGUGGUGGGAGUGCGGGGUACAGCGGGGCGGCGGUGCCUCCAACGGUGCCGCUGCCACCCCGCGCUUCGGCGGGACCGCCGCCGGCCCGCUCGCCCUCGCCGGCCGCUGUGUCACCCCCCGCCUCCUCCGCGCCGACAGACGCAGACGCAAACGCUGACAACUAA